AUAUGAAGGGGAAACCCUAGUUUUGAGAUAGGAGAAAAAAUGGGAGCUUCAAUGUGGAGUAUACAACUUCAUACCGUCUCAGUUCCGGUACCACUUGAGGCAUUCCGGAGGUAUACUAGGACUAGGAAGAGGACCUUCAAGAAGCUUAACGUAGUUGCAAAUGGUGAUGCCAAGAAUUCGAAGAAUCUUCCGCACCAAGUUAUGGUUGUCAAGUCCAACAAGCCCAAUUUUCCUCUUCUACUGCAACACGCUGUUACCAAAUUACAAGAGAGCGUCAAAUCUCUACCUCCCGCUACCCUUCUGGUAAAGAAACAUUCUGGUGUUAGUUUAGCAAUUGCACUAUCUACCAUGGUCACCUUGUUGGUUAUUUUGGUGAGGAGUUAUGUUGCAAAAAGGUCAAAACGCAACCGCCCUGGGUCUGUAGCUGAUCUUGUCAGGCGUGGUCAAUUAAGAUCGGAUAGAAGAGGCAUAUCAAAUCCUCUUAAAUAUGACGACCCAUUCAAUAAUCCAUUAGUGAAAGUCAGCAAGAGCAAUUCAACUGUAGAGAUGUGUGGGCAAGUGUACCGUUUGGCACCAGUAACUCUUACCAAGGAGCAACAAGCUGUCCAUCAGAAGCGGAGAUCACGUGCAUAUCAGUGGAAGAGACCAACAUUGUUUCUUAGAGAAGGUGAUUCAGUGCCUCCUGAUGUGGAUCCUGACACUAUCAGGUGGAUUCCUGCAAAUCAUCCUUUUGCAACUACUGCAAGUGAAAUUGACGAGGAUCUGGCACAAACUAAUGUUUAUCAGAAGCACGGUGUUCCAUUCCGUAUUCAGGCAGAACAUGAAGCCCUGCAGAGAAAACUUGAGGCACUCCAAAGUGAGCAAAAACUUGGUAAACUAGUGAUAGAUCCUGGGGCUGCAAAAGAUUUUGAGAGGCCAUUCAAAACACGACUAAAGACAGAGGAGCAGCUCGAUCAAGGCCCAAAUAACCGGCAAAUGGGCUCCAAUAGUUCAGAAUCAGAGGGUGCUCGUGAUUCAUUUGUGAACAAGCAUAGUUCUGAAGAAAUGGAGAAACCCUAGGUUUGUUUCAAUACCGUUUUGUAAAUUCUGUUAGAAAUAGGUUAAUGGCCAAGUUUGAAUGAAGACUUGAUAGUCAUGUUUUCAGUCCUGACGUUGCUGUGUUCCAACAGCAGCAGAAAUGAGACUGUAAAUUUAAGUUUAUUCCUUUGCAGCCAACUGUCUGUCUAUACCUAUUAUUUGAUUCUGGUAGUAGUGGACUUAACUUUUGUAA